GACCAGGAUUGCACCAUCCUUUGUUAACCAGAACAGCAAACCCUGAACUCCUUUACGCUUACCGCUGUCAGUGCACUUCCGGUCAGCCCGAACGGUCUGGAAGCCAUCCAUGGAAAAGUUUUGAAAUAGAGAACAUAUUAGUGGUUUCUUCAAGAAAACAAAACUCCAUCUCUUGCCUGACUUUUCCUCUAGGGAAUUUUGUUUUGGAAAUAAUUAUUUGGAAUAGUUUUAAUUAUGCACAAAUAAUGUCGUCGCUGUUUCAUGAGAAGUCUAAAGUCGAUGUACAAAGGAAGAAGGCAUCAGGAUCAGCGACAAGUAGCACUGUGACUGCUACAAUUAAACCACAUCCAAGGCCCAGUGAUCGACUGAAUCCGAAAACCAUCAAUCCAUUCAGCAAUCCAUUGAGCCAAAAAUCUGCAUUUGCUACGGCGUAUGCUAAAAGAGAGAUUCCUUGCAGGUUGGUUCAUGGCUCAGUCAGUCAUAAACUGCAAUGGGAGCAGCCACCCGAGACCAUUCCAUUUGACCCAAUCCUUAUCAUCUUAGCUGAGGGAUUAAGAGAAACAAAACACCCUUACACGUUUGUAGCCAAAGAAGGAUUCAAGAAACUGCUAGAGGUUGAAGAUGCUGCUGAAAAAGCUAUUCCAUUGGUUCCAAAGGUGAUUCCAAAGUUAAAAGCUGCUCUGGCACAUUCAGACAUUGAGGUAUUUGAGAGGGGAUUGCAUGGUUUAGUCCAGCUAAGUGCUGUUGUUGGCCCUGCUGUGAAUGACCAUCUUAAACAUUUGUUGACUAGUCUGUCAAAAAGACUGAUGGAUAAAAAUCUUAAGCAGCUGAUCACAGAUGCCCUGCAAAGACUGGAACAACAUGGUGGAAAGGAUUGUCUGGUCAUUAUUAAAUCCAAAAUUCCUACCUAUUGCUCCAUUUACAAUUGAAGAAAACACAACCGCUUUUGGUCAGUACGUUCAGCAUCCAGGUAGAAACCACAAAUGGGAAGAAUAUCUUGCAGGAGCUUUGUUUGAUCACGUGAAAUACUGUUUUAUUUUCUGCA